GUAGCCCAGUCAUCAAACAGUUGGUGACGAAUUGCCUAGCCAAGUUCAACUUUUAACAAGAUACUUACAACGUGUAGAUGGUGUGUCGGCAUAUGGUAAACAAAAUUGUCACGUACGUACAUAUAGUACGUUAGCGUAUACUUCUUCUAGCAACACGAGCUGCACGCUAUAAAUCCAUUAGCCAGAAAACCUGAACUCGCACAAAAUCAUCACGGAUGCCAUGCGUGUGCAGGGCCCAUUCACAACACGUACGCGCAACGGAUAGGAAGGUGACGUGUGUGCGCUGGUUUUGGGAUAUUACGAAACGUCGUGCACGGCAUUUCCAGGAGGCGAACCCUACUCAUUUUUCCGGAGCAGUUUCAACGAUCUGCCAUAAAAUGGAAGAAAACGGGCAAGUGUUGUGAUUUUAUCAUCAAGAACUGGGAUCAGUAGCCUUGCCCAUUUCAAAACGUCGAGUGAGCAACAUUGAAUCUACCGAGUUACACGCGGAAGUAGCACGGUGCCUAGCGCGUCUAUUGAGUUGUAUGCACUGCGGUCGUAUAUUGGGGGAUCAGCUGUUCACGCCCGUAACCUCAAAUGCAUUGAUUUCUACUCGAAUAACAAGCGUUUUUCCCGAGAGAUUUUUGAAGUCGCUCCCAAACUGAGGACGUCAGCUUGUGCCAUUGUACAGCAAGAUGUACGAUACGAACACUAAAACACAUAGAUCGUGAUUCCCUUUCUGUUUGUGUGCGCCUAAAUAAGCUCCAAAUCGGAUGAGCAGUUGGCCGAAGAGCUCACGAGGAAGAGACUUUCUUUUUUUUUUCUUGGGAGACUCAUCUUCCCCCGGCCAUCUGUCUCAAUUAGUAUACCAAGUAAGUUAGUAGCACUGACAGAACAUCAUGGGGGCCAAGUCGACUAAGAUGGGCCAUGUCAUGGGCAAACUAACGGACUUCUUGCAUGUGGAUUGCCGUUUCUCUAUGAGCGGGGACAGGGAAUCGCGCAUCCUCAUUCUGGGCCUUGAUGCUGCCGGCAAGACGACCAUCUUGUACCGCGUCAAGCUUGGAGAGGCCGUUACUACCAUCCCCACCAUCGGCUUCAACGUGGAGACGGUCACUCCCGUACCUAAUGUGACCCUGUGCGUGUGGGAUGUAGGCGGUCAGCAGAAGGUGCGGGCACUAUGGCAACAUUACUUCUGUGAGACACACGGACUCAUAUUUGUUGUGGACAGUGCCGAUAGAGGGCGUCUGUGGGAGGCCCGGGAUGAGCUCUUCCGAGUAGUCUCCAACCCCCACAUGACAAAGGGAAUCCCGGUUCUCGUGUUAGCCAAUAAACAAGACUUGCCAGGUGCGUACAGUGCGGCCCGUGUGUCCGAGGUGAUGGAUCUACAGACAUUGUCGGAGAACCAUCCUUGGCAGGUGAUUGAGACACAAGCCAGCACCGGGGAUGGACUGCAAGAAGCCUUCAAAAUCAUGGCCCGAAUGGUCAAGCAAUUCCACAAGGACUCCAGCAAAGCGGACAUUGCAAGCUCAAAAUCUGGGGACGCCACGGAGGUCUGAUCAAACGAAAUAUUUUAUUGGCGCCAAAAUAAAAUGACUCUGUUUUAAAAAGUGCUCUUCAGUAUUGGUGCUAAUUGUUUUUAGUGCGAGUAUGAAAGAUGCAUACCACGAUUGCACUGCUUCGUGUUUAUAUUGAUACAAUCAGCCAAUUAUAUUACAGUUUAGUGCGAUUGGCGGAACGAUGGACUAAAAUGACACCCCCAUGCUGGUUGGAUGCUGAUUGGCCAUGUGGGUUGCGACCAAGGUGUUUUGAGAUGCACUGUGCCGUCCAAUGAAAUGACUGGACAUUUACGACUGAAAUGUAAAUAAUGAAGGGGACGUAUAUGUUGAAAGCUCGAUGCUGAUUGGACGCAGUCCAGCUGUGUGAAAGAUACGUUGUGUGUUCGUCACAUCUUGAAGUGUAAAUUAUUGUAUUGGUUUCGUCCGCUCCAUUUGUAUCAUGUAAAGGAAUUAUUUAUAUCCACAGUGUUCAAAAGAGCCAGUCUUUUAUCUUUGUCGUUAAAGGUACACAGGAUCAUUUGCUUUCUAUGUAUUUUUGUUUUUCGUUUGAAGCAACAAAAUUGCUCAAAAUCUUAAGUAGGGUGCAUAACUUUAAAAACUAUAACCUGUUAGAGUUUCAGCUCAGUGGACACCACAAGUUUUGAAUAACAGCCCUCUUUCUAUAUCAUGGUAUGUCCCUCUACAACUCCUUACCUUGUAUGGAGAUUGGUGUGCGCGUCGCACGUACUGCGCGAGUGGCACAGAACGCAGCUGUACCGGUGUAGUGUGAAUUUUGGACUAUGAUACACUGACUCAAUAGUAUUGCGCA